UCUCACUCGGUUCUGCUCUUGUUUCCAUUGCUUGAGACUCUUGAACGAGACCAUGUCUUCGUCUACCAAAGAAAACCGCCUUCACGACCUCUUCAAACCCUGCAAAUUCCUUCUUGUAUUCCCAGCACUCAAAGUUAGCGAUUUUGUUUCACUGGUCAUCAAAGCGGCUCUUGUUCUUUGCUCUGUCGCUUCGAUCUCCUUCGUCCUUUUCGUCGCUAUAACAAGCCACUCCAAAUUCUUGCCUUGCCCUGAAUGCGACAGAGUUAUCCUCUCCGAUCACCGCAAAUUCGACGAUGAUAAAAUUUCCGCCACCCGGAAAUUUGCCGAUGGUCUUAACUACGAUAAGACCAAUAUUUCGCACAUUCUGUUUGGCAUCGGCGGCUCCGCAAAUACUUGGAGUAAUCGACGGCUCUAUAAUGAGUUAUGGUGGAAGCCUAAUGUGACACGUGGGUUUGUUUGGCUAGAUGAGAAGCCUCCGGCGGAUGAAACUUGGCCUGAGACUUCACCGCCGUACAGAGUUUCUGCGGAUACAUCUAAAUUUAAGUACACUUGCUCGUGGGGUUCACGCUCUGCGGUCCGUAUUACGAGAAUUGUGAAGGAGAGUUUUGAACUUGGAUUAGACAAUAUUAGAUGGUUUGUCAUGGGUGACGAUGAUACAGUUUUUUUCCCGGAAAAUCUAGUCUCUGUUUUAUCGAAGUACGAUCACAAUCAGAUGUAUUAUAUUGGAGGUAAUUCAGAGAGUGUUGAACAAGAUGUGAUGCACUCGUACAAUAUGGCCUAUGGUGGUGGUGGGUUGGCGAUUAGCUAUCCAUUAGCGGCGGAACUUGUCAAGAUUUUGGACGGUUGCAUUGAUCGAUACGCCUCGUUUUAUGGGUCUGAUCAGAAGAUUCAAGCUUGUAUCAGUGAAAUCGGUGUUCCUCUAACCAAAGAACUUGGUUUUCAUCAGGUUGAUAUUCGAGGGGACCUGUAUGGAUUACUAGCGGCGCACCCGGUCGCUCCAUUGGUUUCGUUACAUCACCUGGACUACGUUCUGUCAAUAUCUCCGGGAAAAAGCAAGAUUGAUGCUCUGAAAGAGCUUUUCACGGCAUAUGAGAAGGAUCCGGGUCGGAUCGUGCAACAUAGUUUCUGCCAUGACUUGACCCGUAACUGGUCGGUUUCGGUGUCAUGGGGCUACACCGUGCAGUUGUACCCAUCUCUGGUGACGUCGAAGAUGUUGGAAACAGCGUUCUUAACGUUUCGGUCAUGGAGGUAUUGGGCGACUGAGCCUUUCACGUUUAAUACCCGACCCUAUAGCCAUGACCCGUGUCAGAGACCCAUUUUUUAUUUCUUGGAUCGGGUUGAAGAGGUCGGGGCAGGUCAGAGCUUGACCACAUACAAAAUGUUCAAUGGCAGCGAUGAUGGGAAAUACUGUGAGAGGGGUGACUACCAUCUACCAUCCACGGUGCUUCAUGUCAACGUCUCCGCCUCCACAUUGAGUCCUGAUAUUUGGAAAAUGGCGCCACGAAGGCAGUGUUGCGAGAUCAACAGUGGUGGAAAGGGGGCUCUUUCAAGCGUGGUUCAGGUCAAUAUUAGAGGCUGCAAUAACUUUGAAAGUGUGACUCCUCCAUAGAAUAUGGAAAGAUAGAGAACUUGCUAUAAAAACAAUUGUUGUUGAAUGAAUUGUUCAAUAUGGAUCUGGAUAUGUUUGUACGCGGAAGGCAAUGGCUUGGGAGAAAGCAACUCAAAGGUUUCCUAACCCGCUGUCGCAAGUACUCUUACCGUGUAUCUAGUUGCCCCCCUCUUCUUUCAGUUCAGUUUUCAAUAAUUUUUUGGCCUUCUGAUAAUAUUGGAAACGAAUCCAAAGAAAGGUUCAAAAUGAUAUUUAGGCUAAAAUGAAUUGAAGGCUAUCUUAUGAUA